UAGUAAGUAAAAAGGGAAAGGAAAGUCAACUCAGCGUCGCUCCAGAGCGAAUGAAUGAGUUGUGCGUCUGGCAGGCAGUAAGGAAGAAGUCUCUUAUCAUGGCACAUGGCAUGAUGUCGAUGGCGGUGUAGAACUGUCUGCUGACGAUUAGGCUGAGAAGGAUAACGAACAGCAGGCAACCUACUAGGCGAUCCAAAGCUGAAAAGGUCACAAGAAGAACUAGAAUUUCCAUACUGGAGUUAAACAAAUUAUUUCUUACUAUUAGAGAGAAACACAUGAUACUUGUAGAUGGAUGCUUAUGUAAGGCAAUCAUAAGUGAGUGAAAUGCAAGUAUCCCAAGGGGCCACAACAGAAACAUGGGUUCUAUUCUCAGAGCAUAUUCAAACCUAUUAAGUAAAUUCCCCACUACAAUGCAGUGUCUUCAGGCAGGUACGUUGAUGGGAGUUGGAGAUGCCAGUUCCCAGUUCUUUGUUGAAGGCAAGUCAUUCGAUGAAUAUGAAUGGAGGAGAACUGCACGCUUCUUUGCUAUCGGCACCUUCUUUGUUGGUCCUGUGCUGACAAAAUGGUAUGGUCUCCUUGAUUGCAAGUUUGGUUCUGGGAAAGGAAUUUCUGCUGUUAAGAAGGUGGCUUCAGAUCAGCUGAUCUUUGCACCAUCUUUCCUUGGAGCAUUUUUAUCUGUGCUGGGCAUCACACAGGGCCACUCAGUUGCUCAAAUACAACAAGAAAUAAAGACAAACUACAAAGACAUUAUUCUAACCAAUUGGAGUGUAUGGCCAGCAGUGCAGAUCAUCAACUUUUCCUUUGUAUCUCUUCACCAUCAGGUUUUAGUGGUGCAAACUUUUGCUGUAUUCUGGAAUACUUAUCUGGCAUGGAAGACAAAUAGGAGCCAGUAGUCUCCAGUUGUUCUCUACAAGCAAGAUUGUAAUUGUUAUACUUGCCAUCUGAGAGAGAGAGAGAGAGAGAGAGAGAGAGAGAGAGAGAGAGAGAGAGAGAGAGAGAGAGAGAGAGAGAGAGAGAGAGAGAGAGAGAGAGAGAGAGAGAGUUUAGAGUUUACCUAUAAAUUUGCUGUGGAAGAUGAGCUAAACUCGUGGUGUCCUGCUCACUUUCAUCCACUCAUCAUACUUUUCCUUGAAACUAUGAAUAUUACUUGCUCUCACUAUCUCUCUAGGUAGUUCAUUCCAAGCACAAACAGCUCUCGCUAGGAAGCUAUACUUCCCGAUAUCAGUCGUGUAUCCUGGCAAUCUCAGCUUGAACUCAUGACCACCUCUCGUUCUCCUCUCAGUGUCUAGCUCGAGGAAGUCCUCUCGGUCAAUCUUGUCCACCCCCUACACGCAUUUGAACAUCUGAAUCAUAUCUCCUCACUUCUUUCUUUCUGCAGGGCAUGCAAUCUCUUGGUAAUCCAUAUCUUGGAGGGUCGGUACUAACUCAGUUGCAGCUCUUUGCACCCUUUCUAACUUCCUUGUGUGCUUCUUUAGGUGCGGUGCCCACACUACCUGGGCAUACUCUAGUUUUGGCCUCAGAAUUGCUUCAAUGAUUUUCUUUACCAGAGACUAACUAAGGUGAACAAAAGUUGUUCAUAUAUUAGCUACUAUUGCCAACCCUUCUCCCACAAUUUUGUUUAUAUGUCCCUCUGGUGACUAGUUGUCCUGUAUUACAACCCCUAGAUCUUUUUCUCUCUCUCUACAUUUAAUAUCAGUCCCGCCCAAAUUGUAUCUUGCGUGUGGUCUGUGGAUACUUCUUCCCAUCUCCAGAACAUGAUACUUGUCAGCAUUAAACUCCAUCAUCCACUUUACACUCCAUUCAUGCAGGAAAUCCAAGCCCCUUUGCAGCCUAAGACAGUCAUCCGGUGUUUUCACUUGUCGCAUCAUCUUAGCAUCAUCCGCAAACAGAUUAAUAUAACUUCCCACUCCAUCUGAUAGGUCAUUUACAUAUAUUAGGAACAUUAGGGGUGCCAACACCAAUCCUUGUGGAACUCCACUUGUUACAUCAGCCCUUAGGGAACUCUUACCCCUUACCAUUGUCUUCAUUUUCCUCCCUGUCAAAUAACUUUUCAUCCAUUCCAAUAGCUUCCCUCCUAUACUGCCAUAACUUUCCAACUUCCAGAUCAGUCUGCUGUGAGAUACUUUAACAAAUGCCUUUCUUAGAUCGAGAUAAACACAAUCAGCCCAUCCUUCUUUUUGAUCCACAAUAUCAAUUACUCUGAGAGAGAGAGAGAGAGAGAGAGAGAGAGAGAGAGAGAGAGAGAGAGAGAGAGAGAGAGAGAGAGAGAGAGAGAGAGAGAGAGAGAGAGAGGGGAAUUAUAUUUAAGUCAGCUGUCCUGUUCAUUCAAGUGUUGGUGCCCUUUCAUUGAGGAACUGCAUUUAACUUGUGGCCCAAAAGUGUUGCUGGAGCUGAGCCUCAGCAAUGAAAGCUUCACUCCCAGGAAGUCAGUUGAUGGUGAAGGUGGUGUUGGGUUACUUUCAGGGAGAGAAGAAUUGGCUGCACAAGCUGGUCCAUUUCAUUCAGUUGGAUGCCCAUCCUGUGACAUGGUGUGUAUAGUCUUGUUAUAACUCAAUUGAAAUUAUUAAUUCCUGACAUCAAUUUUUUUUUUUCGUUACUUUUAUGAUAAUGACAUAUCUUGAUACACAGGCAAAGUUGAAGACCAUAGCAAGGCUCAAAAGCAAAAAUGUAUAUAUGCAUAUAACACUUCCCUAUUAGGUGUUUAUAUACAUACAAAACAUUGUAUGGGUUAGGUACUUAAACAUGCAACACUGAUGAAGAUUUUCUGUCUGCUCCCCAUGAGUUCCCUUAAAGAUAUUUGAUAAUGUUGAUUUUUAUAAAACAUUGAAUAAGCAGUUCAUUGAUAUUGUUACAUUAAGCACAGCUAUGUGUGUGUAUGUAGUCACUGCGAGACUGGUAACAGCCCAUGGAAAAGGAUAUGCUAGGCAGAACUUGUGAAGUUUAAUUCCUUGUGCAAGUGAAUACAACAGCAGUGAGUCCAAUACUGUCUCUGUAGUCAAAAUUCUUCUCACUAACUCACUGUUCCUCAUCUAACUGCUUACUUCACUUUUCCAAAUUAAUACUGUUCCUGGUUAAUAUAUGUAUACUGACUGACUUGUAUUGGUGAUCAAUGCCUCAUUUUAUACAAUAUCUGUUACAUAUAGAUAAUAAUAUAGAUAUUACAACCUCAAUCAUCUUGGUCACAUUACAUGAGCCACAGUACUACAAUACACAAUACAAGAGUAACUCUUACCAGAAGAAUACUAAACUAGGCAAUGCCCACCUGUAGCAAUGAGCAAGCUGGGACAUGCCAGACCAAGAAACUUUACUGAAUUUUCAAAUGACAUGCAGCCUUGAAGAGGUAAUAACAAAUUAGGUAUUUUAUGUCAAGUAAAAAUACCAAUUCACAUAGGAACAGAAAACUUAAAUAUCCACAACCUGGGCAGAGUCGAAUCUGCUGUCCCACUGAGAAAUGUGCGUUAGUUAGGUGUGGAGUGCCACAAUGAACAGUCUUCAGCAAAGCUACAAUUUGUAUAAGACUCCUAGGGACAGAAGUUGUUGACAAUAUCAUCAGUCAUAAUACAAAAUAAACUGGAAAGAGACAGGCAGACUCAUUAAUUGCCCAUUGAUUGUAAUUGUUUAAUGAUUGUUACAUAAAAAAAAAAAGUCAUGUAGUGAUAUGCCAUAAUCUGGUUAAGAAAUUCUGGAUCAAAAUGAUGCAUAGUAUUGACCAAAUAUAACUAUGUAAUAAAACUUACUGGAUGUUACUGUAUAUAAACAACUUAUGAAAUCAGGUUAUACUGUAUUUUUCAACUUGAUUGGACUUUGGUAAGAGGUUGGAAGCUGUCUUUAGGGCAGACUUAUGGGUGGAUGAGAUCAUGUCAACAUAUGUAAAAAUACAUACAGUACAUGUGCAUAUGAAGGAAAAAUAGACUCAGGUGAAAGGUGACCUGAGGGUUUUAUUUGUAUAUCAUUUAACCUAAAUUGAUAUUUCUAACAAAAAUUACAUAUAUUUGCUUAUUGACCUUAUAAGAAAUUUCUCUCUCUCUCUCUUUCUUAUUUAAACAUAACUUAGUACAAAGGACCAUGUACCCAAAGGGGCACUGUUGUGUGCUACCUAUUCUAAGGGUACUACUAUCUAUUUGUUUACAAUAUUUACAAAACUCAAGAUAGAUAAUAUACAAAAUGGUCAGUAUAUAAAUAGAGCACUAUUCACUUUCACCGCACUGCACUGCACUGAGAGUCACGUUAUGAUGAGUGUCAGAGGAGUUGGCAGUGUGUCUCCACUAAUGAGCCAUAAGUUUGACACUGUGAGUGUUCAUCUCCUGUACUUGAGGCACCACAGUCAAGAACAAAUUUCACAUCCUGGAGACAUAUCCUGCGAAGGUGCUUUGGUGCUGACAACCGUGGGAUCGCGGCACCUCUACGGCGUCACCACCAUUGAGCAUUGUUCUCGUACUCCGUGUGGAGACCCUUAGAGAAUGAUGCAGCCCUGCCAGAUGUGGCACUUUUUGCACCUGUGCCUUAUGAACACUACAAUCACCGCUACGUCUCUGUGGUGUUCUAGUGUAUCGAGAGGACACUCAGGCUCUGGGUGAGGUGGGGGUGCAGCAUCUACUAACCGUAAGGCACAGUGUUGAAUGCUGUCCCGCCUUCUGUGUGUGUGCUGCAUAUUCCAGGUGGGGCCAUACCUGUGCCUUGUACAGCAGCAGUCUCCCCUUCCUGUUGAGGAAGCUGGCCACCCUUCUCAGAACGGAGAUCUCUCUCUCUCCCAUAAUUUCUUUGGGUGUAUUUCUUUUGAUAUUGUGGUUAAUUAGCAUAAGUACUGUACCACUGUUAAUAGGUCUACAUAAUAUAUUUAGAAAAUACAAUGUACUUUUUGCAACU